CCACACUAACUAGAAGCGUUGAGAGCUUUCGCUGAGUCCGUCUCGGUUGGUCCUUUGAGGAGCCCCUGAUGCUAUUUGUAUGACAGCACGAACAGCGUGUUGGCGCAUGCCAGUUUAAACCCAGGUGGUAAAACCAUAACGCUGGAUGAGUGGGGCAACUUUCACUAGCCCCUCUGCAGAGGUGGCUGAGAUGAAUCGCAUCCAUUUUGAGCUGGAGUAUACAGAGGGCAUCAGCCAGCGCAUGCGAAUCCCAGAGACCCUCAAAGUGGCCCCAGAGAGCCAAGCGGGAUCCAUACCACUUCAGCAGCCUUUGCCCAUUCACACAGCUCUGAUGCAGGUUCCUGAGAGGAUUGUUGUUGCAGGUGAUGAAGGGGAUCCUCGAUUUGCAUGUCCAAGAGACUUGGAUCUGAUUCAGUCCAUUCCUCCUGUGGACCUCCUGAACAUGAAGGCCCCUCCACGUGUCCUCACCCUUACCGAGCAGCCUCUGGAUUCGCUUGAAACAGACCAAACUGUCAACUCACAGCGCAAUCCCAGCCAAGCGGCCAGCUUUCAUGGUCGGCCUCGAAGGGAGCGCAGCGCGAGUGAGAACGUACCCGGCCGUCACAGCAGUCAGAUCAGCAGAGGCGAUGUAAGUGUAACCCCUUCCCCUUCUGCCCCCCCAGUCCGUUUGUGUCCUCCCCUCUGUUCCCCCGAGGAUGCAAACAUCAACCUGUUUACAGCUGCUGGGCUCCUGACGUACAUCCAGUCAACGACACGCCGUGCUUACCAGCAGGUCCUUGAGGUCCUUGAUGACAGCCAUCGCAGGACACACCUGGAUCUGGCCUUGGAUUUAAACCCUGAUGAGUCCGGUUUAGUGGAUGCCUCCUCACUGAGACGACAGGUGGCAGGCAUGCAGCACCAGGAAGAAGAAGAUGAUGUGUUUUUAACUUGA